AUGUCUGUUGAAAGUAUUAAAAGGCUUGUACAAUGCGAAAACGAAGCCAAGGAAAGGUUGGAAAAGGCGCGCAGGGAGCUCGAGGAGAUGAGAGCACAGGCAAGAGACGAUGCAAGGCUAAUGGUCGAGGGUCUUAAUAAAGAAAACGUGGAAAAGCUUCUUCUACUGGAAAAGGAGGUUGAGGAAUACAUAAAGAUGGUUGACGAAAAGCUGAAGCAAGAGCUUGAGAUGAAGAUUAGGGAACUUAAGAACAUUAAGAACAGGAAGAAUGUUGUUUCUGCCCUGGUGGAGCAUGUUUCGGGUGCAAAUGGGAAAUAA